AGGAGUUGCACAGCAGUCUCAUUUCUAAUUAUACACACAACAACAGAGAGCUGCACGGAGGGGAAAGGGAGAGAGUGUUUGGAAUAUGGAAAGAGAGGAGGGUGAUUACAAAUGGAAGAGAGGCUGAGAGUGCUACUCAGCAGCAAACGCAGGGUGAGCAAGUUCAGAUGUGAGGGAUGGAGAGAGAGAGGGAGAGAGAGAAAGAAAGAGAGGGAGGGACAUGAAAUCUGUCUGAGAAAGGUUAACAGGACUGACUGAGCGGAGUGGGAGUGUGAAAUGUAAAAGUGAGUAGGAGCCCAGGAGGACGACACAAGGCAAACAGGCAGGUGUGUGUGUGUGUGUGUGUGUGUGUCUGAGAACCGCCUGUGUUCAUUUCGUGGACAUGGUUGGAUGUGCAGUGUGAAGAUGGACGUGCAGAGAAAACGGAUGGAUGGAUGGAGGAGCAUGUAGAUCGUGACGACCUUGGGCCGAACUUUCUGCCACGCUUGCCCAGAGACUGAUGGUGUCACAUGACCACCCCACCUCCUCAACGUCUGCCGGAGGUCAUGCAGCACUAGUGUGAGUGACGGGCAGCGUGAGCCAAUGAGCUUCACACCAAACCCAGACAGGGACAGCCUCCCGCUGAAGAAGAGGGACCAAAGACUGAGCUCACUGUCACAUCCGCAGCAGGAGUGUGAUGCAGCAACAUUCAAGGCACCUUACCCUUACAAGAGCCGCAAUGAGUAUAAGACAAAACACACCAGCCCCUUGCAGCCGUUGCCGAGACGGGUCCCUGCUCUCUACCAGCCCUGGAUGCAGAUUCACACAUCGUCCACCAGCAGGUCCAGGCCUCAGGUGCUGUCUGCCUUCAAGGAUCACCAUGGCUGGGCAGAGUCGAGAGAGUUCAACCCCCUGCACCAUGCAUGGGACUAUCCCUACCACUACCAAUUACCUGGCACACCUGCAGUCCAUCCACACCACCCCUCUAGAUUCAGCCCCAUCUCUCUGGUGUCAGAGGGUUUGCGACACCGCGAAGGGUACAACUGGGAGCAGCUCAAGAUGUUAAGGGACAAGAGUUUCAAUGCAGAGAGGCAAAGCAAUAGCAGGAGUAAAGGACCAUAUGUGAGGAGAAGGGACAGGAAAGUGGAGUAUUUUCCCAGGUUUGAAAGAGCAAGUCCUCCGUCGUUGAGCACUUGCCUACCUCACUCUGCUCAAGAGGACCAACAUGAUUUGUUGCACACACCAACAAACAUUGUCCCUCAACUUGUGUCUGAACAUUCCCUCAGAAGAGUUUCCUGCAACGAUAACUCAAACAGCACCUAUACCUCCAUGAAAGAGGACACAUCCACCCUGCCCUCUUCCGAGCACGUGUCUCCUUCUCCUGACCGUUUCCCCUGGCUGCUCCCUCACUUUGUGGCCGGCUCUCUGAUCGAGCUCAGAGACGGGCGGCUGAGACGGGUGGAGCACCUGCAGACGGAGGACUUCCUGCUGGGAUCGCUGGCUUGCCCGGACCUGCGCCUGAGCUGCUGCACGGUGCAGAGCAUCUCUCCUUCAUCCUACAACUCCUCCUCCUCCCUGUCACGCCUCCUCAUCCUGCUUCACGACCAACAGACGCAGGAGUUGGUGGACGUCUAUGUGGAGUACCCGUUCUUUGUGCGUGGGCAGGGCUGGUCCUCCUGCAGCCCUCAGAGAACUGCCUGUCUCUGUGGCCUCCAGUGCCGCCAGUUGAGCGUGGGGGACGUCUGCCUGGCCCUCACACCCGUCUCAGCUCCGUCUCAGCCAUCACUGUCAGCCACACUGGAGCCAAAAACCUCACGCAUGAAGGUCACAGUUACCAUCAGGGGAGAAGGAGGAGGUAAAGACAGUGCGGAGGAGACGUUAUUCAGCCCCCGAGCUGAGAGGUCCAGGGACUAA